AUGGAAAAAUCAAAACUCGUAAUGGGUGAUUGCUGGAAAGAAGUACCAGUUGAAAUAAUUUGGUUGAUUAUGGAAAAACUACACUCGCUAGAUAAUAUUCGAUUAGCCGCGGUUUGCAAGGAAUUCCGACAUGCUUUCACCAGGCUGCCCGCCAAGCUCCACCACUCUAAAGAUGCAGUGCCCUGGCUUUUAAUCAUGAACAAACCCGAUUUGGAUUUUAUUCGAGUCUCAACUCUAACCACGCUCAAGAUCCGCAUUGCUAAAAAACAUCAGUCCAAUGUUCCUUUAUGCUCUAGCAAUGGAUGGUUACUGGCGGCCAGAGACUCUAAUCCAGGAUGUUAUGGCUACAAAUCCAGGAUGUUUUUACUUAACCCGUUUACCAAGGAGAAAUUCCGGAUGCCCGCCACCCUUAUUUACCGAUUUGCUAUCUCAGUUGCCAAUGGCAAGCCACAAUUUGUACUGGCUGCUAAUCUGCGUCGAACCGAUGGAAUUAGUACAGUUAUUCUGCGAAUAUGUCGCCCUGGAGAUACUUCCUGGACAACUGUUGCCCGAUCCAGUACCGGCCUCUUCAGUACAAGAAUCGCGUCUUUGUGUGUUGCGGGAGACAAAAUCUACUGCGUUGAUGAAAGAGGAUGGGUAAAAAUAUACGACAUGAAAAGUUGUGAAUGGAAAGAAACGGCCAUGGCAAUACCGUCAUACGAUCGGGACAACAACACUGUGACAGAAAUCGCGGAAAAAGAUGGCGAGCUACGUCGAGUGGACAUCUACUUUAAGUAUUUGCUCAAGAAUACAAGCAAACGCAAGACGAAUUGGGACUUGACGUUUUACAGACUAAACGAGGAGAAGAUGGAGUGGGAGUUGUUGUCCGAAGGCGACAUCAAGGAUACAUCAUGGUUCAUAGGAAAUCCGGGCUGCUCCUAUUUAGGUAAAGGGAAGCCGCGCAUCUACUUCAUCAGCAGCGAAGGCUAUUUAGUUGUUUCCGAUAUUUAUAAGCCGAUUCAAAAGGAUACCCAUACUCGUCACUUGUUCACUCGCCGGAACAAUCCUAUCCCUCAUUAUCCGCUUGACAACAACCUCUUUUGGUUUGACAUGGACUGA